CAGCGGCUCAGAAGAAGAAUCAGUGCUCUCUGCAUGGUGGUAAAGAUGGCGGCUGCUCUGAGAGGAAGCUUAGUAACAUUGUUCAAGGGCCUGGGUGGGCCGCGAUGGCAGCAGCUGGCCUCUCGACCACUGAGCGUGUCGGCUGGUCUCUGCAGUCCAGAAUCCCCUCCGGCUCGUGCUGAUGCCAUUUUUAAGGUCACCAUGCUACCAGGGGAUGGAGUUGGACCUGAACUCAUGACUGCUGUCAAGGAUGUCUUCAAGGCCGGCGACGUCCCGGUGGAAUUUGAAGAGUUCCACCUGAGUGAAGUGCAGAACAUGGCCAGUGAGGAUAAACUGGAACAGGUGUUAACCUCCAUGAAGACCAACAAAGUGGCCAUUAAAGGAAAGAUUCACACACCGAUGGAGUUCAAAGGAGAGCUGGCUUCUUAUGAGAUGAGACUGAGACGUAAACUGGACCUGUUUGCUAACGUGGUUCACGUGAACAGCCUGCCGGGCUACAACACUCGCCACAACAACCUGGACCUGGUCAUCAUUCGUGAACAGACUGAAGGGGAAUACAGCUCCCUGGAGCACGAGAGUGUGACUGGUGUAAUCGAAUGCUUGAAGAUCAUCACCAGAGAGAAAUCCCGGAGGAUCGCAAAGUUUGCCUUUGAUUACGCCACCAAGAAGGGUAGAAGCAAGGUCACCGCUGUCCACAAAGCCAACAUCAUGAAACUGGGUGACGGCCUGUUUCUGCAGAGCUGUGCAGAGGUGGCACAGCUGUAUCCCAAAAUCAAAUAUGAGAACAUAAUCAUUGAUAACUGUUGCAUGCAGCUGGUUCAAAACCCGUACCAGUUUGAUGUGCUGGUGAUGCCCAACCUGUAUGGCAAUAUUAUCGAUAACCUGGCGGCAGGACUGGUGGGCGGAGCCGGAGUUGUCCCUGGAGAAAGCUACAGUGCAGAGUAUGCUGUUUUUGAGACCGGUGCACGCCACCCUUUCGCACAAGCCGUAGGAAGGAACAUUGCUAAUCCCACAGCGAUGCUGCUCAGUGCUGCCAACAUGCUCAGACACCUCAACCUGGAAUAUCACUCCCACAUGGUGUCAGACGCUGUCAAGAGGGUCAUCAAGCAGGGCAAGGUGCGGACACGAGACCUUGGCGGUUACUGUACCACGGGCGACUUUGUGCAUGCUGUUGUGGAAAACCUGCGUCACCGACCCGUUCACUAAGAUGUUUCGUCACACUCCCCCCUCCCCCCGAUGUGUUUGAAAUUCGGACAUUGUUCAUAACAUGAACUGGAUGCAUGUUGGGAGUCAGGCUCCUUCCCAGUGCAGACUGCUGUACCAUAUGGAUUAAACAGUUCACAUGCUUUACGAUAUUUAAGUUGCUUUGGUUAAGAAAAAAGCUUUUCAUUUCAUUAUCCAGCUGGUUCUCCUCCCUUCAGAGACCCUCAGUGUUUUUUCCUACCUUUGUCCACCCUUUGUUUUUCUGCCAUCCUGCAAUGUUGUUUCUAUUAAGUUACCUUAUUUAUCAGUUUUUGCUCAGUUAUAUUUUUCUCUAAACUGCCCCCAUGCAGUCACUCAUUGGAAAAAAUACUCACAGGUCGUUCCCCUGGUUUUGUGGUUUCACAAUUCACCACUGUUGAUGCUUGUGUUAACUGAACAGAACCGACCAAUCCAAAGACUGAACGUGACUGUACCUGAAGAUAGAGGAACACUGCCACACAUUGACUCACUAAUAUAACAGUUCUGUUUUUUGCCUGUGUGCUUUAAUGUACUGAAUAAAACUCUGCCACUGCAGUGCUUCAAACUCAA